ACUUGUUGUCUCAUACUAAAACAUGUCAGAUUUCAAAUGUCAAUGCUCUCUCGUGAUAGUUGAAAAAACUAGAAUAUUCUGUUAAUACACUUUAUAUUUAAAGGGAUUAAUUGAAUAACAUGUUUUCUGAUUAUGUGUUAAUACUAUAGCUCUAUUUUUUCAUCAGCAUUUCUAACUAAAGAAACGUAUAUUUUUUAAAAUUAUUUAAUCACAUUUUUCAUGAUAGUGAACAAGUGAUACUACAAAUAAACGCAAUAGUGAUAAUUUCUGUUAAUGCUCUAAAAUGUCAAGACCAGUCAAUAGGCAUUAUUUAUUUAUUUUAAUCACAUUAUUAAUCUUUUGUGUUAGUAUAUCUGAUCAGAGUAUUGCUGAUGAUGUACCAGUAACAAAACUUAGUCAAAAUGUCGGUACACCUACAAUCAAAUUUCUUUACUGUUAUUCAUGUGGUUAUAAGAACAUGUUUGAUCAGUAUUCCAACAUUAUUAAUCAAAAGUAUCCAGAGAUUCUCGUGGAUGGUGCCAAUUAUGAUCCACCAGGUUUAAAUAUGUUUAUAGCAAGAGCAAUAGGUUGGAUCAAAAUGGCCAUAAUCCUAUGUAUACUUUCAAAUAUCAACAUUUUCGAAUACUUCAAUCAAGCAAGACCGUCAUGGUGGAUAUGGUGUGUUGAAAAUAAACUAUAUGCCUGUAUGAUGUUGUUCUUUCUCUCCAAUAUUCUCGAAGGUCAACUCAUCCAAUCUGGAGCAUUCGAGAUAUCUCUGAAUGAUAUACCGGUUUGGUCAAAGUUAGAAACCGGUCGUAUACCUCAACCUACAGAAUUAUUCCAAAUAAUCGACAGUCAUAUGCAAUUUGACAAUAAAAUAGAACUGAAUAAUUUUGCUAAAUAAUAUUGAUUCUCUCCUAAUGAAUAUCUAGGAGAGAAUCAUGGAGAAUCUUCAUUAUAACAUGUUGUUAUUCUACCCCUUAUCUUUGAUGUAACUCUAUUAAGUAGGGUUUCUAUAAUCCAAAUAUCUAAAAAGUUUAAACUAUAUUCGGAUUUAUAGUGUGUUCGAAUUACAAUAUGCAAAUAUUUUUUUUAAACAAACUAAUAAAACGUAAAAAUAAAUUUUAUAUAGGUACGUUUCUAUUAUUUGAUUUUUGGCUUAUCAAAUCAAAAUUUACAAUUCUAUAGUCUAUACAGUUAAAUUACUCUUCAGAGAUACGAUGACUAAAAACAUGUAAUUCUUCUGUUAUUGGUUGGAGAAAACAAUUAGUUGAAGAUUCCUAUGGAUAAACUUUAAUAUUAAAAUAAUUCAUGGUCAAGUUUUUUAUUUCCGGUUGAAUGUAGUACUGGUUCUAUUCAGUGCAAUGAUAUUUAUAAUUAUAGAUUUUUGGCAACUAAAAAUGUUUUGCAUAUUAUUUCUUUAGGUGAAAUAAUUAAAAAAAAAAUAGGUAUGUUGUCAGAACAAAACUUUUAAUUCAAUAAUUGGGAAUAACUUUGGUAAGGUUCAUUCACUUUCUAAUUGGUGUCAGAUUCCUCAAGGAUUAUUAUUUAAUAUGUUUAUCAAUAUAAUCAUUUACAAAAGAAUUAAAACCGUAAAAUGUUUUAUUUAAAAUUUUUCCUGUAUUAGGAUUCUAUUUUAAUAAAGAAUUUUAAAUUAAAA